AUGCCUGUGCUAUUUUUUUAUUACGUAGUGGCUGUUUUUGACGACGAAACAAGUGAAAUUGUUGAACGUUUAUUCUCCAAACUUUAUAAAGAUCAUGGCUUAUUUUAUACAGAACUACAAACUUUUAAAUUACAUUUACAUUGUCAUUACUCAUCGAUGUACAAGAUGCAUGGCUUAUUAUGUAAUAUAGGCUGUUUUGGACAAGAAAAUUUUAUUGGUUUUGUGAGUGUCAAUUAUCAUGGUGCACGAUAUUAUGACGACUUCAUCAUGUAUCAUUAUAACAUAGACUUUUGUCUUGAAAACAGAAAACAAGCAAAAGCAACUACUGAUGGUCCUUGUGAUCCAUUAACUACAUGGACCAAUGAUUAUGAUUAUGUGCAACAAAUUCAUUAUCUUUUGUGUAAUUGUAAUAGUUUAGAUUCAUGUUGCGUUAUUUACCGUCGAUUUAUUAUUCGUUGUGCAAUGGUUCACUCUUUGAUAUAA